UUUUUUUUAUGCGGGGGAUUUCAUUGGUUCUCAAACGUCGGGCACAUAUAAAACGUUAAUUCCAAGGCACAGCAUUUCAAAGUAGGUGUCUUGCGCUGUUGGAUGUUAAAUUCGAAGAUGGGGUUGUCUCUACUUGUUGUCAUCAUGGUCACUCUUCAACUGUCCGGAGGCCAGCUAUCUCCGAGCUAUUGGACUCUUCUACCCAAUGUUGUUGUGGUGGAGGUGGAUGGUGUCUCCAGGUUUCACCACACCCUGACCUGCCUGGGUGUCUCUGAGACGGGGGAGCGGCCGAGCGAGGUGGCGGAGGGGGAGAUCGCCUGGAGGAGAAACGGAAAGGAGAAGGAGCAGAGAGGCAACAGUUACCGGGUGGCUCUGGAGGAGCGUUUGGGAGGAGGAAACUACAGCUGCCACAGUAGAGGUGGAGCUCUGCUGAACCACACCACAGUGCUGCUGAGAACACCCAGAUAUCGUCCGGAGAACAUCAAUGAAACACAUCCAGACUAUCUGACAUGCACAACGCAGAACUACAGUGGCGAGUUCCGCUGUUCCUGGACUCAGAGAGAGGGGAAAGUCAUUCUCGUUAGUGCUGCCCGUGGCAGUACAGAUGGGGUUGACUGUACUGUGGAUGAGAGAAAUGAGCAGUGGACGUGCCGUUCAGGAAAAGUGGACAUCACCUGUUCAGUGGACGGCAGUGGGAAUGGUAUUUCCUGUCUGGACAGGAAGCACUGCCCCUACAAUGAGGAGUCUGAGCGCAUGGUUCUCACAAUCUACACCAGGAAUCGAAAUCACAACUUGAGGGAGUACACCCAGAGCUUCCUCAUAUCAGAGAUAGUGAGACCAGACAAAGUGUCCAUUCGGAAGGUGAACCAGACCACGGUAGAGUGGAGCUACCCUGAGUCCUGGAACACCCCUUACUCCUUCUUCCCCCUCACCUUCCAGGUCCGGAACAUCAGGAAGGGCUUGUGUAACGACCCUUCAAACAAGCCUCACCCCACAGACGGAAACCAGUGGUCCAUAAAGAGGAAGAAAGGCCUGGUUUGUGUCAGAUCUCAGGAUCCUUUGUGUAACUCAACCUGGAGUGAGUGGACCCACUACAAUUUUUUUCAGUUCCAAGUAAAGAAGACGUAGCACACGAACGUGAAGAUCAGCAUCCAUGUAGUAGUGAACACAUAUCACCUAUCACUGAACCCAGGUCAACACUUAUGGCCUAACCUAUCACUGAACCCAGGUCAACACUUAUGGCCUAACCUAUCACUGAACCCAGGUCAACACUUAUGGCCUAACCUAUCACUGAACCCAGGUCAACACUUAUGGCCUAACCUAUCACUGAACCCAGGUCAACACUUAUGGCCUAACCUAUCACUGAACCCAGGUCAACACUUAUGGCCUAACCUAUCCCAGAACCCAGGUCAACACUUAUGGCCUAACCUAUCACUGAACCCAUGGGAAUUGAUUAAGCUCACCCUCACUAUGCCCAAAGACUACUUGAUAAUUUAUUCUGGCUGGACACUGUCUUUCAUGCAGAAUUACAAUAUUUGAAUGUCUAGAUAAAUGUGUUUCUCUAAAAUAACAAAGCUCUAUUAAAUUAUGUUUUAUUUAAGUGUCUUUUUGUAUUUUAAAUCAUGUUAUAUUCAUAUUUUAUUUACAUAAGAUAAAGGAGUAAUUUUGUGUUAAAUGUUAUACGAUGUAGUGUAAAGACUUAUUAAACUGCUUGCAUGUA